AAGAAGGCAUAGACUAUUUCUUACUUCCUAAAGAGGAUGAACAAUCAUGUGGUCCUAUUAUUUCUCCUUCAGUAUUUUUAGAAAGCCGCACUUCUGAAGAUAUCCGUUUUCUUCUUGAAGACGUACUCGCAGUUCCACGAUUGAAGCACGAGAAAUAUUGGAAAGAACAUGUUAUUUUCCAUUUAAGUUCACAAGAACCAGAUAUCAAAGAUAAAGUUAUAAAAGAGCUUUUUAAGCGAUGGGAAAUCAUUCUCGAUUCACGUGCAGCAUUGAAAACACUUUCUGAGAUAGCAUUUGUUGUAGUUACAACAUCUUCAACUAGUCUUAUCUUAAAAAAGCCAACUGAAAUUUUUACUCCCGAUAAACGACAAAUAAAAGAUUUAUUUUUUUAUGAUGAACCAUUCUUUCCAAUUGAUAAAUAUUUAGAUCAUCUCCCUAAAUUGCGUAAAUUAGGAAUGAAAGAUACAAUGACUGUUGACGAUGUUAUCAAUCGUGUAAUCAUAUUUACUUCAAAAAGAGAUAUUUACCAGGACAGUGAGAUACGUGAAAAAUCUCUCUUGCUUUUAAAAUACAUUGAUGACAAUUAUCAAACGCUUAAGUCUACAAAAUCAUUACCGGAAAAGGUUUUAACGGAAACAUGGAUUCCAGUCACGAAUCCAGAUGGACAAUAUGCAUUUUCAAAAGCUUCAGAUUGUCGAGAUAAACUCACAUCAGAUCUUGUUUCUCAUAGAAUGCCGACAGUUAAUUAUUUUGUUAUUAAUGAAGACUUACGUAAAUUGUUUGGAUGGGAUAUAUAUCCUACAAUUGAAGAGAUAACAGAACAGUUAUUUAAAUUAUUGCAUGAAUUAAAGAUAAAGGAAGAUGUUCGUGAUAUAAAAGAAUAUAUUGAAAUAAUUUAUAAAUAUUUGAACAAAAUCGUUGAUAAUCAUAUUGAUUUUUUAAAGAAUAAGUUAGCUGAAAAAAAAUGGAUUUUAAAUGAAGAUGAACUUUAUUCAACCGAAGCACUAGUAUUUGAUCUUCCUAAUAUUAUUAGGGGUUAUAAAUGGUUUCAAGUUUCAGAUCAUAAUAAAAAUUAUUAUUCACAACUUCUUAAGAAGCUUGGAGUUAAACAAAAACUGAAUAAGCAGGAUUAUUUAGAAAUACUCCAGGGUUUAAACUUUGAAAAUAAUAAAUUCAUGGUAGCAAGAAUACUUAAGCUUUUAUCAGAAUGUGGAGAGGAUUUGAAAGGGUUACCAAUUCCAAAUAUGCGUGGUCAGAUGAUAGUUUAUGAAAAAAUUUUUUUCAAUGAUAUUAAUAAAAUAAAUAGUGUAUUAAUAGAUAGAUACAGUGAUAUCCUAACACAUGAAGUCAUCUCAAGUGAACUAGCAAAGGCACUAGGGAUCAAAAGCUUCAAUGAAGAUUUCUUAAGAAAAAAGAUGAAGACCUAUGACCAUGAAAUAUUUACAACAAAUUUUAAAGAUACACUUAAAGUAUAUGAUGCAGGCGCAAAAAGAUUCAUUAUCAUUCUCGAUGAAAGUGAUUAUAGGAAGAAUAAUAAUUCUAAAUUAUUCAAGGAAGAUAUGAAACGUUGGCAAGGACCUGCAAUUUGGAUAUUUAAUAAUGAACAAUUUUCUGAUGAUGAUUUCAAUUCAAUUAUCAAUUCUAAUUGUAACAAGAACCCCGACAAAAUUGGUAAGAGAGGACUUGGGUUUAUUUCCUGUUAUAAUUUUACAGAUUUGCCACAAUUGAUAUCAGGAAAUAGAGUUGUAUUUCUUGAUCCUCUAAAGGAACUUCUUCCUGAUAAUAUAUGCAUCGGCAGUUUUGACUUUCAUGAUUACGAUAGUGAAAAUGUAUCUCAUAUCUUUAAUGUAUAUAAAGAUCAGUUUGAACCAUAUUUAAUGCUUAAUGGAAAUAUAUUUAAACUUGACUUUAAGGACAAAGAAUUUAAGGGAACCUUGUUUAGGCUACCGCUUAGAACAACAAAAAGUAAAAUUUCUAAUAAAACAUAUAAGAUUGAUGAUAUUAUUAAAAAUACAUUGGACACUAUAAAGAAUAAAAUAGCAUCAGAAUUAGUCUUUUUAAGAAAUAUAGAAUCGAUUGAAGUUUAUCGAAAAAGAUACCCGAACAUUGAAGCAGAAACUUUAUGGAAGGUAGAGAUUAAGGGGAAUAAUCCGAAUCGCAAAUUCUUGGGGGAAAUAUUACAAGGAUUUCAACUUGAUAUGCAAUUUACUGAAAGAAACGGUUCAAAAAAUGAAAAAUGGAUUAUAUGUUCAGGAAAAAGAUUUGGUUUAAAUUAUAAAAACAUCCCAAGUAGUACUUGGGGUGGACUUCCUCUAAAUUUACAUUCAAAUAAUUGGGUGCUUUCUCCAGAUAAGCACAGUCUUGACAAAAAUAAUGCAUUACAAAAUAAGAAUAUUUUAGUUGAGGUUCUUCCUCAACUUCAUGUAAAACUUUUUGAAGAAUACAUAAAUUGUAUGAAUAAAAAAUACAACAAACAAGUUAUUUCUGAAUUUUGGCCAAUUCCAAAAAAUGGAGAUCCUCAAAUAUUACAAUAUGGAAAAAAAGUGCUCGAACUUGUAUCUCAAGGAACUAACGAGAUAUUUUGGUCUCCCUCUAAAGGUGGAUCAUAUGUUAGUUUUAAACAUAGUUGUUUUAUAAACAAUUCUACACCAGGAAAUAUUAUUACUUUCCUUAAUGAACACGGGCAUUCCACAGUUUUAUUAAACCCCGAGCAUUUAAAAGCAUUUGAAGACUUAAGCAUUAUUAAACCUCAACGAGAUGAUCCCCAACUUAUUCGUAACAUUCUUAAAAGAAACAGAUUUGUAUUAGAUCCAUCUAAUUUGAUUCUUUCUUUUUCUAUAUUAAAUUAUAUUCUUAACGAUGAACGAUAUGAAGAUCUUGAGGGUAUUUUUUUAGUUCCAUUAUUCGAAAAUAGAUUUGCAGAAUUUGCAAGACAAAAAAAUUAUUGUAUUGCUUCAUUAGAACAAUAUGAAUUAUUUCCUAAUACUGGACCAGAUCAUUUUAUUUCGAGUGACAUACUAAAAAGAGAGAGGCUAUAUCAAAAAUUCACUUGUACAAAAUUUUCUAUUGCUACAAAAAUUAACCUUUUUGGUGUAGAGUCAAUUGAAAAAUUUUUAAUUAAAGAAUUAGAUAAUGUUUAUGAACUAGAUUGGAAUCCUAACUCACCCGUAAUUCCGAAUCAAAAAUGGCUUAAUGAAAUAUGGAAGUAUAUAUUAAAUAGUCCUUUAGAACCAUUUAAGUCAUUUCCUUUGUUAGAAGUAUAUAAUCCAAAUAUGCCAGAUUCACAUAAACUUGUUAGUUUAGCAAAUUCAAAAUCGAGACCUUUACUAGAAUUUACUAAUUAUUCAAAAGAGGUUCAAGCAUUAACAAAUAUUGGAAUUCGGUUUACCAAACAUCAAUAUAAUGAAAAGCUUAAAGACUAUAUUUUAAAACUAGAACCAGAUAAUAUUUUACUUGCUAUUGAAAAAUAUGAUUGUCGAGAAAAACUUUUAAGUGAUAAAGAAUCUAGAGAGAUCUUGAGUCAAUAUUUUUAUAAAUAUUUGUCAUUAGCAAAUAUUAAUGGGUAUAAAAAUAUAAAUGUAUUGAAACAAUUACCUAUAUGGCCAACACAUACUAGAGAACUCGGAAAUACGAUAUAUAAGUCAAUUUAUGAUUAUAAUGCAUAUUUAAUACCAACAAAAUCAGAUCAAUCAAAACCAUAUACAUUUUAUCCAUUAAAGAAGUGUAAUACUUAUUAUUACGAUACAACAAAUCAUCCAAAUAUGCGAAAACUAUUAGAAUCUUUAUCUGCUAAGAAACAAAGUAAAAUAAAUUAUAUAAAAGAUACUAUUGUUCCUGGUAUGUCGAUUCCUCAAUCAAUGCAAGAUAACUAUUUAAAAUUCUUGGUCGAUAUAUUCACUGACGAUGAUAACAUUAAUGAAAUCAAGAAUUAUGUCCAGGAAUUAAAAAUUAUUCCAAAUAAAGAUUUUGAACUUUUUUGUGCAAAGGACUUAGUUGAUCAAAACAACCAUUUAUUAAGGAGUGUAUAUGAUGGAUCCAAUCGAUUUCUUCAAAUUAGUCUUCAAAAUAAUCAAAAAUUUGUUGAAAUGCUUAAAAAGAUAGGGUUUAAGAGCACUAUAACUCCUGAUGUAUUUAUUGAGUGUGCAGAGGAGAUUCAAGCCAAUUUUAAAAAUGAAAAUGAUCAACUCAAACAAAAAAAAAUUAAAAAGUCAGCAAAGGCAGCUAUUUCCUAUUUUUAUGAUAAUCAGUCCGAGUUAAAGCCUUUAAAGGAAAAAUGGAAUUUAUUAUCAAAAAUUGAAUUUAUUCCAAUUUCUAAAAAACCUUUAAAGGUUCCAUACUCAUAUAAUUGUAAUAAUAAUGGCGGAGAAUUACAAAGUUUUGAAAAUUUAUGUCUUUCAAAAUAUAGAAAUCUCGCAUGGACACAAUUAUCAUUCUUUAAAAAUGAACCAAAUGAAAACGUUUUAAAAAAUUAUAGCGAUCUAGGUUCACCAAAUAUCAAAACAAUGAUCAAUCAUUUAAGGACUAUCCAAAAAACGGUUUCUAAAUCAAUCGAAUGGAAACAAAAUGAUAAAAAUGGUAGUUUGCUAUUUGAAGCAAUUAAAGAUAUUUAUGAAGCAUUAGAUUUACAAUGCGUUGUGAAUAGUGAUGAAUUAUUGUCUUGUUUUCCUAAAGAUGAACCGCUCUUUUUAAAUAGUACAAAUCCAUAUGAUUCACAAAGUUGGGUUGUUGCCUCACACAUUGACAUGAACAUUCAAAAAGACUUUAGUCCAAAAAGAAGAGUCGCUGCAGAAUAUCUUCGAAAAUAUGAAAAGCUUUUAAUUUUAGCUGAAGUAGGUUUAUUUGAACUCCCUGGCUGGCUGAAACCUGAACCUGUUAUAGAAAAUUUCCGACAGCUAUCAAGGUCAAUUAUGAAAUUUUUAAAAGCAGGAAAUAAAACACCAUUCAAUAAUGUUCUAUUUCGAAUUAAAGAUCAAGAAAUUUAUGCAAACUCAUCAAUAUUAGUUUGUGUAGCUCCAUAUUUUCAAGAAUUAUUUUUCGAACCAGUAACAAAAUUUGAACUAACAUAUGAAGAUAUUGAACCAAAUUCAUUUCGUAUAUUAUUAAAUUGGUUAUAUGGGGAAUCAUUCUCUCAAGCUGUGCGCAGCAAUGGAGAUAAAAAAUAUGAUGAUAAAUUUUUCCAAACUUGCAAGGAUUUACUAUUUGCUUCUAAAGAAUUUAAACUUGAAUCACUUAAAGAAUUAAUGGAGCAUGAAUUAGUUAAAUACAUUCUAACAGAUUUAGUUGACGAUACUUUAAUUAAUGUUAAAGGAUUGGCAGAGGAAUAUAAAUUGAACGAACUUUUUAAAUAUUGUGAAGAGUUAGAAAAUGAAAUGGCUAAAAGAAGUAAUUUAUUUAUUAGAUUUAAAAAUAAUAAUUUUAUAUUAAACGAAAAUCCAGUAAUGAAACAUUGUCGUAAUUCUAUAAAGUACGGAAAGUUGUAUAAAGAGUCAAGAAAUGGCAAAUAUUAUGAAGAAAGAUACAUUGCAUUUAAAGAUGGAAUAUUAUAUUGUUUUAAAAAUGAAAGAGAUGUCACAAUAAUGGAACGAAUCAAGAUAACGAAAAUGUUUAAAGUCAAAAUUAUUGAUGAUAAAUCCAACAAGAAUCGUUUUGAGAUCGGAAAUUCAACAGAGACGUAUAGGUUUAGUGCAUUAUCUAAAGCAGAACAAACUGUCUGGACAGAUAAGAUUAAGCAAUACAUUAAUAGCCUUUUAGAUGAAGAAAAGAAUCAAUUGAUAAAGAGAAAGAGCGAACAAAGAAAGGAAACAAGAGAAUUCUGUCAAGAUGAAUCAGAAAUGAUUUAUACUAAUGUGGUGAGAGAAUUUCCGGAUUCUCUCAAAGCUGGAAAAUUGCUUAAAGAAUCACAAAUUCUCAAACGUUAUGAGGAACGAUACUUUAUAUUCCAUGAUGGAAUGUUGUAUUAUUUUAAAGAUGCUGAAAACAGAAAAUACAUUAAAUUAGAAAAGACAUCCAAAGUCAAAAUAGUCAAUAAACAUAGAUUUGAGAUUGAAACAUUAUCAAGAACCUAUAGGUUUUGUGCUUUAUCCGAAGAAGAUCAAAUUGAAUGGUGCUCUCAGCCAUUAAGAAAAUCCAAACAACAACAAACCGCAUAUUAUCUGAUAGACCUGCCCAAGUCCAAACCACUUCCACCACUUCCAUCGAACACGAGGACUUGGACAGAUCGAACUGGUUCAUUCCGAGUUGAAGCAGAAUUUCCUCAAUUUGUUGACGACAAAGUAAAACUCAAUGGCAAAAAAAUUGCUGUUCCCAUUGAUCGGAUGAGCAAAAAAAACAUUGCAUAUCCUGAGGAAAUAACGGAAGUGAAACUAGAUAACAAAUCUAAUAAUAAUGCUUGGAACUUUACUAAUUCAACUCCCGCAUUAGCACCUACUUCAACAGUGGUGCCACCACCGCUCCCUUUUCCACCUGCAAUCACUCCAAGACCUCCUCUAACCCCCUCCUCCAACAGCAGUCACACUAAGACCUCCUCUGAUUCCCUCUUCAACCGGCAGUCAUUCCAAGACUUCCUCCUCUAA